GUUUGAGACUUGAGUGCUUUUGUCUGAAUGUGUGUUUGUGUUUGUGACUGUGUGUGUGUGUGCGCCAGUGAAUGAGUGUACCUAUACAAUUUGAGACCAGGAAGAGCACAAGCUCUCUUUUAACAGUAAACAGCAAGAACAGAAAAUCUCAACAGGCCCAUUCAGUAGCGGACUUUUUUUUUAACUCUUAUAAUUAUGGAUGAAUCAGACUGCCUUGUGGAAUGUUCCUGCAUAAAAUCUCAGGUUCUCUCUGUACUAUUGCCAAUAUUCCCUGAUUAAAGAGAAACAAAGCUCCCACGGGGUGGCAUGUUAAGGCUUGGGAUUUGGAAGCUGUUUUUCUUCUAUAAGGGACCUCAACUGGAAAGUUGCUGAUGUUCCACCUCCUUGGUGACUUUCUCACUGCCUGUUCCUCUUCUUGUUCCUGCUGCUUUGCUUCCCCUCUGUUGGAUUCUGUACUGGGAGCUGCAAGUUGGGAUUCCUGGUUUUUCGAUGGAGAAUUAGUUAACCAGUCUCUUCCUGUAGUCGUGCAUUCCUGAGGCGACAAAAAAGCUGACACAACAUCCGGGAGUGUUAUUUUCAAAGAACGCCCUUACCUGACCUCGCCCCCACAGUGAGUCCUGAGUGCUUAAAAUUGUCUGCGUCUCCUUCAGAAAGUUUGAAUCAAAUUAUUUACAUCGGCGAGGGAUAGAAGUUAAAAUCAUGCGUAUAAACCUUAGGAAUGUUGUGGCCACUUUAUUGAGUUACAGCUCUACGCUGAUGAUUUGUAUAACAUGCACAAAGACAAACCUCCAGCCUAACAUUGUAUUAAUUAUGGCUGAUGACCUUGGCAUUGGGGACAUUGGUUGCUAUGGAAAUAAUACUAUCAGAACUCCUAAUAUCGAUCACCUGGCAAAGGAAGGAGUGAUGCUGACUCAUCAUAUAGCUGCAGCUCCACUGUGUACACCAAGUAGGGCAGCCUAUAUGACGGGCAGGUACCCCAUCCGUUCUGGUAUGGACAAUGGUCACAGAGUGCGUGUCCUUUUAUUCACCGGCAGUUCUGGGGGUCUUCCCAAGAAUGAGACAACCUUUGCAGCAAUAUUGCAAAAACAAGGAUAUGUCACUGGCAUCGUAGGGAAAUGGCAUCUGGGUGUAAAUUGUGAAUCCCGCAAUGAUUACUGUCAUCACCCGCUUAACCAUGGGUUUGACUUCUACUACGGCACACCUUUCACUAACGUCCACGAUUGCAAGCCAGGUGAAAGAAGUGCCAUUUUAUUUGACUUCCAAGUUAAACUGCGUCUGGCCACUGAAGCACUCGUUGUGGGACUUCUGACGCUGCUUGUUUUGAGAUGGACUGCCUUUAUCAGUACUGGCUGGAAGACGAUUGCAUGGUUUGCAGUGUUUUGCUCCCUGUUCUUCGGGGCUUGGUAUUUUGUUUUUGGUUUCCUGAGGAAUUGGAACUGUCUGGUCAUGAGGAACUAUGAAGUUGUUCAGCAGCCAUUAAAUUCAGAAACCUUCUCAACCAGAAUGACAGAGGAAGCUCUUGCAUUCAUUGAAAGAAACCAGAAGAAACCAUUUCUCCUUGUCAUGUCAUUGCUACAUGUCCAUACUCCUUUCUUGACAACCAAGGCGUUCACCGGGAAGAGCAAGCAUGGCUCUUAUGGGGACAAUGUGGAGGAGAUGGAUUGGCAUGUGGGUCAGAUUAUAAAUGCCAUCAACAACGUUGGUCUAGCUAAUAAAACCCUUUUACAUUUCACUUCGGAUCAUGGAGGCAGUUGGGACUCUGUAGGAACAAAUGGAGAGUGUGAUGGAGGCUGGAAUGGAAUAUACAGAGGUAAAAAGGGAUUGGCUGGUUGGGAAGGUGGUAUCCGUGUCCCUGGGAUAUUCAGGUGGCCGGGCCUAUUGCCUUCCAACAAGAAAAUUGAUGAGCCUACCAGCCUUAUGGACAUUUAUCCAACGGUUGUCAACUUAGCUGGUGCCUCGCUGCCUCAAGAUAGGGUAAUAGAUGGACGAGACUUGAUGCCACUGUUAGCAGGGGAUAUACAGCGAUCGGAGCACGAGUUUCUCUUUCAUUACUGUGGAAAUGCUUUGAAUGCAGUCCGAUGGCAUCCAAGAGACAGUGAUUCCGUGUGGAAGGCACAUCUUUUCACUCCCAGAUUUGAAGUGGGCAGUUGCUACCAGAGUGAGAUCUGCAGGUGUCAUGGACAUUACGUCUCCUACCAUGACCCACCUUUACUCUUUGACCUCUCAAAGGACCCCUCAGAAGCAAACCCUUUAUCGCCUGGUACCGAGCCACUUUUCCACGAAAUCCAAAACCAGAUUCAGUUGGGGGUGGAAGAACAUAGGAAGACCUUGACUCCAGUCCCUCUCCAGCUUUCUUGGAACAAUGUUCUCUGGAAACCGUGGCUUCAGCCCUGUUGUGGCACAUUCCCAUUCUGUUGGUGUGACAAUGACUCCAAUAAUUCAAAUAAAAUGCAGGGGUCCAGCUAAUACCACUUGUGACUUAUUGUUUACCUUACAAUAUCAUUUUAUUAUUGAAGUCAUGGAGACUGCGAACCUUUUGAACUGUCCCGUUUUGAUUUUUGCCUGGAAAAUAAUAGACAUCGAAUCCCUUGGGAUCUCUUUUUAGUUGCCAUGCAGCAUCCAGAUUCUUUAUUCCCUGAACCUCCCUGGUUAAUCCUUUUUAAAAGUGACAUUUUUAUAGCCGCUCAUUACUCUGUUCCUUGCUUACGGUUUGGGAAAGAGGAAAAGGGAUUCUUGAGAACUAGAAAGACAAACAUUCUUUUGCAAAUACAUUCUGAAUUUGAUCAUCAUGUGAGUAAUUGUGUUGUCAACUGGUGGUUCAGCUAAUGAUUUAGUACUUUGAUCAACAGGGACAACCAGUUGAAUGUUACAAAUAAGAUUUUUUUUUGGAUUAAAAAAACCCAACUGA